ACACAGCUGUCCGCUGUCCGCUUGGGAGAAAUAAUAAACCAGGCUAUGCUAGCAGAACGGGCAGAGAGUUAGCGGCGAUACAGUGAAUGUAAACUCGGCAGGACCAGCGGGACACGGGACAGGAGCGAGUCUUUACCCCAGCAAUGAAACUAUCCAGUGUCGCAGCUGGCUAACGAGAACACCGUCCGUCCCGACAGACAGACACGGGAUUUGAUCUCAAUGGGAGAAAACCCGGAGCGACGAUAAAUAACAGGCGACAUCAGACGGGGGGGAAAGGGUUAGCUCGGUUUCAAUGUUAUUGUCAAUUAAAACUCACAUUUGGCCACAAUGUCCUGCUCUGGAAACCUGGUUUGGGAUGUAAAUAAACGCUUAAUUGGAUACAACGAGCCCAACACCAUCAGGACCAACUACUUAGGCAGGAGAGAGUUUGUCCAGAGGCUGAAACUUGAAGGGACACUGAAUGUACAUGAUGGCUGUGUCAACACUAUUUCCUGGAACGACACAGGUGAAUACAUCCUGUCGGGGUCAGACGAUACAUUUUUGGUCAUCUCUAACCCGUACAACAAAAAGGUCAAGAAGUCAAUACGUUCAGGUCAUAGGGCGAACAUCUUCAGCGCUAAAUUCAUGCCCCACACCAACGGUCAGGAGAUAAUCUCGUGCUCCGGAGACGGCAUCAUCUACUACACACACACCGAGAAGAGUCCCGAGUACAACAGACAGUGUCAGUUCACCUGCCAUUAUGGGACAGCGUAUGAGAUUAUGACGGUACCAAAUGACCCCUACACGUUUCUGUCGUGUGGGGAGGACGGCACAGUGCGGUGGUUCGAUCUUCGCAUGAAGACGAGCUGCACGAAAGAAGACUGCAAAGAUGACAUCCUGAUAAACUGUCGGAGAGCAGCGACCUCAAUAUCCAUCUCUCCCCUGGUGCCAUACUAUCUGGCUGUGGGCUGCUCGGACAGCUCGGUGCGGAUCUAUGACAGACGCAUGUUGGGCACCAGAGCCACGGGUAACUACAUGGGGCGAGGGACGACGGGCAUGUGUGUACGGUUCGUUCCCGCUCACCUGUCCAACAAGUCGUGUCGGGUGACUUCUCUUUGCUACAGCGAGGACGGUCAGGAGGUGCUGGUCAGCUACUCCUCCGAUUACAUCUACCUGUUCGAUCCCAAAGACGACCAGGCCCGAGAGCUGAAGGGCCCGUCAGAGGAGAGGAGGGAGGAGCUGAGGCAGCCUCCAGUGAAGCGCCUCCGUCUACGAGGUGACUGGUCCGACACGGGUCCUAGAGCUCGCCCUGAGAGUGAGCGGGAGAGAGAUGGAGAGCAGAGCCCCAACGUGUCUCUGAUGCAGAGGAUGUCCGACAUGUUGUCUCGGUGGUUCGAGGAGGCGAGUGAAGCUCAGAGCAGCAGAGGGACGCGACCUCAGCCGCGACCCAGAGGAACAGCUGCUCGUCUGGAGGGGCCGCCGAGUACUCCAGCUGCCCGAGGUGCAGGUGACUCCACCCAGGAGUCCAGCGACCUUGAGAGGCCCGGGGGGUCGGACGCACCCGGGGAGCCUCCAGUUCCUGUCAGUGCAGCCACCGCCAUGCCUAAAUCCACGUCCUCUUCCUCCUCAGGGUCAUCAUCAACUGUUACAGCUCCUCCUCCUUCCAGCUCCUCAUCGGUGGAGAGUUCAGCCCCUUCCUCCUCCCCCGUCACCUCCUCGCCUGACUCAGAGCAGAGGAGUCAGGCCAACGUCACUGGGACCCCGACGCCAACGCCCACACCCACACCCACCCCAACCUCAACCUCAGAACCCACUCUUUCAGAUUCUCCCUCGUCUGUGGUAAACAAACAGCUGGGAUCCAUGACUCUUGAUGAACAGCAGGGAGCAGCAGAAGCUGCAGGUCCGUCCACUGAGCGGCCCGUUCCUGCACCUGUUAGCAGCAGCGCUCCAACCACCUCUACAACGUCCUCUUCCAUCUCCAGCAUGCCCGGCACCAGUCGACCCAGUGCAGCAGAGCCAGUCCUCAGCCUGCACUACAGCUCAGAGGGAACCACGACCAGCACCAUCAAGCUGGACUUCACUGAUGAGUGGAGCAGCAGCACAUCCAGCUCUCUGGGCAGCGGAGGACCUAAGACAUCUGAGACUGUGACUGUGCCGAGCACGGUGAGCAGAGGGACUGUGUCUACAGGGAGUUCACUGUCGGAGCAAGCAGGCUCAGAGUUGACCGGGCAGCAGCAGAGUGGGCCGGCUGCCUCCACAGACCCGCCCUGUGACGCUUCCUGCUCCAGUCCUCACAGCAACUCAUCAGCUCAGGCCCCAGCAGAGAGGGCCCCUGAGGGCGGCACCACGGUGUCUUCAUCACUCGAGCGGGGCCAGUCGGAGGCUGCGGAGGACACAACGGGAGGCUGCAGAAGAGCAGAGCCGACGGCAGCAGAGGAGGGGGGGGGGGAGGAGGGCCAGAGCCAACCUGCGAGAGGUAACCCGGACUCUGACGACAGCGACGACGAUCCCAUUCUCAUCCCGUCAACCCGGUUCAGAGGACAGGGACAGAGAGGAUCUGCAGUAGGAGAUAGGAUGAUCAGACGCUCAGCAGCCGCUCGAAUCCAGGAGCUGUUCCGGAGGAGGAAAGAGAGGAGGGAGAUGGAGGAGAGUGAGACGCAGAAUAUCAGGAGACCCUCGGUCAAAAUGGUCUACAAAGGCCAUCGCAACUCAAGGACAAUGAUAAAGGAGUCUUGUUUUUGGGGCAACAACUUUGUGAUGAGCGGCUCAGACUGUGGUCACAUCUUCAUCUGGGACAGACACACGGCCGAGCAUCUCAUGCUGCUGGAAGCGGACAACCACGUAGUGAACUGCCUGCAGCCGCACCCCUUUGACCCCAUUCUAGCUUCUUCAGGGAUAGACUACGACAUAAAGAUUUGGUCGCCACUUGAACAGUCGCCAUCUUUCAACAGAGUCCUCGCUAAUGAGGUAAUAACUCGCAACGAGCUGAUGCUCGAGGAAACCAGGAACACAAUCACAGUCCCGGCCUCUUUCAUGCUCAGAAUGUUGGCCUCCCUCAAUCACAUCCGAUCAGAUCAAAUCGAAGGAGAUCGCUCUGAAGGAUCAGGCCAGGAAAACGAGGACUAGCAGUAGCCUCUUGGCCUUUUAUUCUAAAGAAGACUAUUUCUUUUUUCGCUGUAUAGCACUUGGAAGAAAAAACUGAGAUUUGUACAAGUAUAGUGUAGAAUACUUCCUUUUGAAAAAUUAGUGUAAUUUCUAGCCCCCCCAGUGUUUUUUUUAAGACUUUCUUACUGAUGUUUCUGUAUGAGGUUAAACUACACCUGUGUGAAUGCAAAAAGGCAAGGGUGUCAGUAUAUAUAUAUAUAUUAAGUGUGACAAUAAUGGCGGCUGGUGUGCAAGAAUGUUAAGUGCAAUAUUAUUUUGUUAAGAGAGAGUGAGCUUUGAUCAGUGUUAACGUGUGACUUUUAUGAAUUUGUAGCACAAAGCUAAGAGAUGUUGAUACGCUGCUCCGGCAGUUUCCGCAUGUAAACAAGGACUGUAAGUAAAAACAUGCUUUGAAAAUGUUUAAUUUUAUUGUCAAGGAAACAAAAACAGGAUGACGCCUUGGCUCUUCUUCUCCUCAAAGGAACGUGUCAAUAAAUUUUAGUCUUCACAGAUGA